CUGACGGUUCGGACACCUAGCCGACGCCCUGCAGAGAGCCUCGUACUGAAGCUCGUCACUCAUGGCCAUCUACGGUGCCAGUCCACCUUCCGGUCCAUAAAGAUCCCAAUGCCAUUCCUUCUGAACUUCACGAGCCCCUCAACAGAUUCAAUAUCAGCAAGAUACCAACGAUGUCUGCCAUUUACCGAGGAUAAUCAGCAAUCUAGUGCAGAGCUAGUGUCUGUAUCCGCCAACCAUGUCGGUGGCUGCAUCCAGGAUGUUUCAACAGCGCAGACGUGGCUGGAAGAUGAAACGACUGGAUGGCUUAGUGAUCAGUUUCUGCUGGGAGAUGAUGACGAGUUAUGGUGGGAUGAUGUUCUUGGUUCAAAUGUUUCCAGUCAGUCGGAAGUCGUCGAAUCCAGUGGUCUCGAAGCAAGGAUGCAGCAGCUGCUCAUGGAGUUGAAAGCCCUGACCAAUUGUUCUACAGGGCAGUACCGAGUUGCUCCUGCUUUCGAUGAGAUGGCUGCUGCAAGGCUGUUCUCCAGCCACAACUUGCUCGAAUUCUCCAAUGUCUACUUCGACUACUGGAGUUCUCAUUGCCCCAUCUUACAUCGUCCGACCUUUGACCUAACAAAGAUCCAUCUGCCUCUCCUGCUGGCCGUAUUCUUGAUUGGAGAGUCCUAUUCAACCGAGUCGUACUGUUCUCGAGGACAGUGUUAUUACGACCUUGCAGAGGAUUAUGCCUUCAGCCAUCCAUGCUUCAGAAAUUUCUCAAUGCAAGAUCAGCCGACCACUGAUUGUGCUUCGUCCGACUUGGAGCCUCUUCAGGCAGUGUAUCUGAUGGUAUUGUUGCAGAUGUCGGGGAAUAACAUCCCAGCGCGCCGGAGGGUCAGAGAUCAACGCUACCAUGAAAUUAUUGUAGCAGCACGUCGAUUGCGUCUGUUUGACAGUCGCAAUGAGUAUCUUCACCGCGAAUGGGUAAAUACUACCGGAUUUGAUUGGGAAAAGUUUGCACUGCGCGAGUCAAGAAUUAGAUUGGCUUACCUUAUAUUUGGCAUCGAAUGCAAUUUCUCAAUGUUCCAUUCGACUUACCCCAGAAUCCCAAUUUCCGAGAUGACGGGGGAUCCUAUGUGCAGCGAGAGCUGCUUCUCGGCCACCACGUGCGCCGAAUGCGAGCGAUAUGCUAGGAUGGAGCUGAGGUCUAGAUCACUUUCGAUUUCGGCUUGUGUAAACGCGCUGCUGCAGAGUGCGGUACCGAUUUCGGUAAAAUCUGGGCUUGAAGAUCUCUUCCCCAUGAGCUUUUUCUUCGUGCUUUGUGGUCUGCACUGUGUCAUCAAUGCCGCCCGGGCGAAUAAUAUUGGGAGUUCGAUGGGGCCUGUCUUUCUUAAGGCUCUUGACCAGUGGAUUGAGAUUUGGAAAAUUCAACUUGAUAAUGUGUCGGCUGAGGAGUCGAGCAAGCUUGGCUUCAUGAAAGACGCUGGGGUCGAGUUCUGGCAAUUAGCCACAAUCUUCGUGCAAGCUGAAGCUCUGGGCAUGUUCGACAGCGACGAGUUGCGAAGCAUGAGUGCGGAAAGCAUGGAAGGUGUCAGCUGUCUUUUGGAGGUGUUCUACCUCGCAGACACCAACACCAGCCGUCGUUACAUUUCCGGUAAGGUACUAGAAGCUCUGGAUUGAGAGAUAGUACCAAGCCAACAUCGCUCUGACAUACCAUCGACCUCUUGCGACGGUCUUCUCUGUGGCGGUACGCUUAAAGUGUUGCUGGCAGCCCUCAGCACUUCAAGCUAACAGGACGAAUUUGCACUGGGCCGUAAUACCGCCGGACCUGUUGAGAGCCAAGAAACCUCGGUCAAGGGCUGCGGUGCGUGCCCGACGGCCAUAGGUUCAGAUCAACAACCCAUGUACAUAAAAGCCCGUCCUUGCGUGCCAAAGUGCUUAAAUAUGCCUAAUAUAAC